UUGUCGUAUAUUCAUGUACCGUUUCGUUCAAAAAUCCUAAAGGUAAGUAAUGAGAUGUGGUGAAACAAACUUCCUAUAUGAAUACAGAAUACUACACUGUAGGUGAUAUUAGCGAGUACAAUGGGUUAUGACGUAAGUGAGCCUAUGUAUUCAAUAAGGAAGUUCGAGAUCCCGGUAGUUCCCCUGUACUUGUUUCAAUUACAACUGAGCACUUGGCCAUCGCAUGUUUAAUCAAAGACCGGUCAUUUCUUAUAGUUUUCCCCUCUUUGAGACAACAUUUAUACUUAUAUUUUUGCCGGAACUCGCUGAAUAAUCGGAAGAAGAACAGAUCAAAACUGAGGAUGGAUACUACUCACCUGACAGAGGACGAAAUGGCUGAAAUAAAGAAGGAAGCCAUAGAGAGGUUGCGGCCAUACCUUGUUGAUAAAAUAAUUGCUGAGCGACACUUCGAUUACUUGCGCUCUAAGAAGAUCCUGACCAGAGAAGACACGGAGGAGAUCAGUUGUAGGACCACAAGAGGGAAACGCACCAGCAAGCUGCUGGACAUCCUUGCAGAAAACCCCCGCGGUUUGGACAUGCUCAUUGAGUCUAUUAAAUGGGGCCAAACGCUCAACUUCAUCAUCGCAAAGAUCACAGAUGAAGUGCAGCGUGUGAAAAAUGAACGACUGGAGGCUCUAAAAGCAGGGUCCUCGGUCAGCUCAGGAUACUCCUGCACAAAAGGAGCCACCAAUGACCUCUUCAAGAUGGACUAUGACUAUGACAAGUACUCCACUAUGUGUUAUCACCCUGAUGGGGAAGGAAGUCUGUCUGCCUCUGUCGCCACAGGAUCCAUUAACCUGCGCUAUGGAUCAGGCCGAGGGAAUGAAGCUCUGUCGCCCUGUGGAGGUACUGGCAGCAUGAACGUGUCCUCCACAACAUCAUCAAGCCUGCCCAAACCUGGGGACCCUGGAGCUCCAGCACUUCCCGAGGAGCUGGAGGCGGAGGUCCAGGACAUAGAUGCCGGUGUUUGCGGGAGCACAGGAAGAAGCGGAGAUGCCAAUUUCCAGCCAUUGCGCUCACGUUCUCUGUUGCCACAAAUGCCGUAGCGUAACAUUUCACACUAGUCAUUCUGUCAUUUAUAGAGUGAGACUCUAAUAUUUUCCAAAACAACAGUUUGUUGUUACAAUUAAAUUUCUUUCACAAUUUAUAACAUUGUCAUAUAGGUUGUGACAAUGUUAUUAUACUGUCAGACUUGGGGAGAAGGGUUGCUUCAAGAUCCUUAAAAUAACAUGUAUAACGUUAACAGCAGGUUGCUAAUCAACUACUUUAUAGGGAUGGUCAUUUAUGUUGUCUGCUCAAGUACUGGACAAAUAAAUCACGAAUAAAUU